CAACAAUACGGCUUGUUAAGAUGCAUGGAGGAAAGUGGUCGUCGCCCGUGUUCGUAAUGUGUUUAGUUGAUAACCGUGUGCCGCGCGCGCCGCCUGUGCCCAGCGCCCACGCAGUCGCAUACUCGUAGCACGCCGCGCCUUAUCAGUCGACAACACAACACCAUUAACGUGCCGGCCGGGUACCCUCACAUACUCAUAAUCAUUAAUGCAGGUUCAGUUAAAAGGCUUCUAUAGUGUCACUGAAGAUACAAGGAUUGAUUCACAGGAGAGAACGAUCGACACAUUGCCAGUGUUUGCUAGCAAUUAUUUCAAGAUAGGGCAACUAACAGAGCUGCGAUGGCAAACGACUGGUCAAAAAACUCAAGAGGGCAACAACAUCGCAAUACACGUCAUUCCACCCGAUGGCGAAGAAGACGACGAGUUCGUGCCGCCGCUGCGCGCGCGCACGCGGAGGAAGAUGAGCACGCCGCUGAGCGCGCUGCCCGGCGCUGCCGACCGGCUGAUCGGCAUGCCUAAUGCUCAGCGCAAUACGCCAUCUCGGUCUCUCUCGCCGCUGGACCGCACGAAGCGGCGCUUCAGCACCAUGGUGUCGUCGGCUGCGGCCGCGGCCGUGUCGCGCCGGCUGUCCGCGACCAUCGGCUGGUGUCUCGCGACGCCCACGCACGUCAAGCCUCAGAUUGUGCGCCAGGGUCGCGCGCUGUGUCUACAGUAUAUUAAGACGCAGAUUCGGAGGUCGUCCAUGUGUGCUAAUAAGCAAAUCGUAGUGAAGCGCCUGCAACGAAUGCUCGAGACUGAAUGUGGAGAAGAGGCGAAUUGUAACGCAGAGACUGGCGUGCUGGCGGGUCUGCGGGCGCUGUGCGCCGCUCUCGAGCGCAAGAGACCCGACGCCUUCCGCCAUGUCGCGCGGCAGGCCACGCGGGCCCCGUGUGCCAUGCUGCGCUCUGAUACUGCUUUAGCGGAGUUGGCUUUGGCACUUGCACGCAGGAUCACGAGAGAUAACAUUACAUGGUCGAAGAUAGCAGCAGUGUUUUGUAUUUGCGGGGCACUAUCCCGAGAGGCAGCCGAGGCAGCAGACGGUGAACCAGCUAUAGAAUUGGUCGCAGCGCCGGCCGCGGCGGUCGCUGACCUUCUACACGAGGAAACAGGAUCCUGGAUAGCAGCUAACGGUGGAUGGAACGGCCUGGUAGAGCGACUGCGAGCCAGCGAGCGUGACCAGCGGUCCGAGAAGACACUGCGAGUCAUGGUCUCCUUCUUCGCCAUGGCAUUCGUUAUCCUACUGCUGCUGAGAUGGGUGCUACAUGGCCACCCCGCGUACUACGAUUAAUAACCAAAAUAGUCUUGUGUCUUUCUAAGUUUCUACGUUCAAACAAUAGUCUCGUAAGACCCAAGUAAAUUUUUGCGCUUUUGAA